UUUGAGGGUAGUAUUCCAAAACUGUACUCAAUGCUCAAGUCAGGACUUAAGUAUGAUUUCAAGCACUGGAAAUACGAAUACUUAAUGGCAAGUACUUGAGUAUGAUUUCUAGUGCUUUAAAUCAGACUCAAGUCCUGAUUUGAGCAUUGAGUAGAGUUCUAGAAUACGACCCUUAGAACUUACUGUAAAAUAUAAUUCAGUGUUUCUCCAAAAAGAUUUGUAUUACUUAUUAACUUGAAAUUAAAUACUUUUUAUCUGUAUUUGCGGCAAAAAGUCAACAAAUGCAAAGAAACAUCCUUUUUUAUGGCAACAUUGGUCGGCGUGGGUUCUGUUCUCUGGUGAAAUUGGUGGCGUGGGUAAUCCACGGUGGGUUUAUCGUAUCGUUAAUUUUGUAGCAAUAAGCCAGGCGCUGGCGAUAAUUGGGACCGGUCUAUCCCUUAUACGACAAAGACCUGGACGUGACUUAUUUAGUAUUUUCCUGAGAGAAGAUCUAAAUCACAGGCAUUCAGUAUGGCGAUGUGCCAGCAGUACAGCCUGCGAUGGAACAACCAUCAACCCAACUUUAUUUCAAUGUUCACAACGCUCCUCAACACGCAAACAUUGGUAGACGUUACCCUCGCCGCCGAGGGGCGACAUCUCCAGGCACACAAAGUCGUGCUGUGCGCCUGCAGCACGUAUUUCCAGUCAUUAUUUAUGGACAACCCUUCGCAGCACCCGAUUGUGAUUCUCAAGGACGUGACCUUCGCCGACCUGCGUACUAUGGUGGACUUUAUGUAUUAUGGAGAAGUUAAUGUCACUGAGGAGCAGCUCACACAGGUGCUGGACACAGCUAAGUUGCUCAAAAUCAAAGGAUUAACAGAGAUGCCAGAUUCGACGUCGCUGCGGCGAUCGCAAGGAACGUCGGCGGACUUCCAGCAGCCCGGCGAUGCUCCCGGUGACUCACAGCGCCACUCUGCUUCGCCCACGAGCUCGCCCACAAUGAAACGGAAACGGCGCAGGAAAAGUUCGUCCGGGUCUACGCAAUUGAACACACCGCUGGAAGAAGGUCGUGGUGAGGACCAAAGUCAGGCGGUGGAGAUGGUGCGUGGCGACGCAAUCACACUCAGCAGCGUGCCGCAGCAGCGGCGCGUGCGCGACUUCAACGACGAACGCGAACGAAUGGACGCUAAUGCACAACAGUCCACUGAGCAACAGAACCUUGGAAUGGACACUAAUCCCGAAGGAAUACCCCAGGGAGGAGGACAAUGGAGUAUGAUGGAGCACACGUAUCCGCGGUACUCGAACGCGUGUAUCAGCGGUGGCCUGCAGCCGGAGCCGGGCAUGUACAUCAACAACGUGAUAAAUCCGCAUAUGGGGGACAUGGGUGAUUACGGGCAGGCGCUUGGGGUGACUCACCCGUCGCCGGGCCCCUCGUGUGUCGAUGCGCCGCCGGCUGGCGACCAGCCACCGCCGCAACAAACCAAGCGCCGCCGCACCACCAACCCUCAAUCCGAAGAGAACUUCCAACGAGCGCUUGAAGCCGUGCGCUUCGGAGGCAUCGGCUUUUGCAAAGCGGCACGCAUGUUCGGCGUCAACAACCGAACUCUAUGGCUUGAGUACAAGAAGAAAGGCUAUCCCAACAACCGACCCAGCAUUAAAAGCCGCAUUAAACGCGAACACACCACACCCCCGCCGCGCGACCUUAAAGAAGAGGCGCCGCCGCAGCCUGAACAGCAAAUGGCGUUGAUCUGCCCGCCGCACCCCGUGCCUGUUAGCUUCAUCGACUCACGGCCAAUGGAUUUCCCAUUACAGGGUGUGCCGCACAAUUCUCCCCUCAACAUUUUAGGCGUGAAUUUUAAUUCCAUCCAAUAGAACGCGGCGUGCGGCGCGGUAGGUGACGAGUCAUACUCCUUGUGACCCGAGUGGCCGGGCGCGGAUCUGGCGUCCGCCGUCGCCGACGUCCCGCCCUUGGUGCCGCCCGCGCCCGCCCCCUCGCCCCCGCGCCCGCACCCGCGCUACGAUCUCUAUAUGCACAUGUCGCUGUAAACCGACGUGCAAAAAAGUGCACCUCCUAAACGCCCUUUGAUAGGACCAUUACAUGGGCUCCACUACGAGCAAGGAAUAAAAUAUGUAAAUAUUAGUUACCCCGCCAGUAUUACACGUACUAUCACUAGCGUAUUAUUAUAAUGAGAUAUCCCAUAGUCGUAUGUAAUGCACACGCUACGUAGCGAUGUCCUCGCCGACACGCAUUCUUAGAGUUAAGUUGAAUCGAUAAUAAUGAUAAGUUUAUAUGUAAAUCGGCCAGUGCAGAUAUUUUGUGAUAAUGACAAUUAUUAAUUUUAUCAAUGUAUAAAUGCUCGAUCUGCGCUGACCUUGAGGGCUAAUUCAGACUGAGUACACAAAAUCGUAUCAAGUAUCAGUAGCACAGUCUGAAUUAUACUUAGUCCGGCUUAGUUGCCCGGCGUUUGUUGAACGAACCGUUCGAACCGUCUUUGCCAUAAUCAAUUAUGUAUAUUAGAUCUCAAUAGAGCCGUAAGUUGUGAAUGAAUCGGUACAGUAGAACGCUUUUAAAUUUGCACAAGUAGGUUACGCGUUGAGGUAAAUGAAAUGUGAUAGCGAAUUUGUAACGUUAUGAUAUUGGGGAAGUGCACGCGGCUGCUGGCUACGGCACCUCACUUUUUAUACUUAAUUAUAUUUACUACAUUUUAUUCAGUCAACUUUAGGAACACAAAAAUGGAACUCCAAUUUGAACAAAACUAUAAUUUCGAAGUGUAGACCAAGUUUGUCUGUACACUUAUCGACAAACAAUCUCUCCAUCUAUAAAGUUACGGGCUUUCCAUUGAACCAGCCCAAAACCUCGACAAUAUGAAUCGUGUUCUAAAUAAAAACAAAAUGUGAAUCUUCGGACGGACUAAUACCCUGUUAACCAGUAAAGUUGCAUAAAAGUCGUUCAAGUGUUUGAUGAAUAGUUUUUUAAAAGUAGACUCUUUAAAAUUGCAGCCGCCCGUGUCAACAAUUGCCAUUAACAUUUAUCGUAACUACCUCUAGUUUAGUAUUCCUUUCACAAGUCACUUUUGUACGGACAACGGCACAUCAUACUACACAUUUGUGUUCGAAAAUCGCCUCCAACGCAACGGAACAAGAUACGUCAAUGUGUAGCUUGAUGUGCUAGCGUGUACAGCAGCCAAAAACGACUUAAGUAUUAUUUUUUAAUUCAACAUUGAAUUUUAAUAACGGUAUGCUAAAAUUGUAAUUAAGUUUUUUAUAUGUGUUCUUCGUACUUAUUAAUAAGUACUUUUUUAUAUUAUUGCUAUUGCGAUUACUUUUUAUGGUCCCUUUUGUCGGACUAAAUGUAUGGCAGUGAAUAGGCCGCUUUUUUAUAAACGGUCGCUGUGGUCACAGGACACGUACUAGAUGGAAGUAAAUGUACUAUUCAUUAUUUUAUACUGAAUGCGAUUCGAGCGCAAUAAAUAUUCUAUAUAGCAAUAUUUGUGGAUUGAAGAAUUAUUAAUAUCGAUUCAUUUUGAUACAACGCUACCUUUGUUCGUGUUUUUAAGUUAAAUUUGACGCUAAAUUCUGAAGAGUUAUUCCCAAACUGGUUUUGCAUUAUUAGCCAUUCAUUAUCUUGACUUUUUUCUUAUCAAAGCUUAUUUGUCUACAUUUUUUAUAUUAUAAUUU